AUGAAGACUACAUCUAUUCUUCUCGCUACGUUGGUGGCGGCUCCUACAGCUCUCGCCCACACUGUCUGGACUACUUUCUAUGUCGAUGGAGUUAGCCAGGGAGAUGGUGUUGCUAUGCGCAUGAGGAAGGAUCCAGCCAAGGCUUCGUUCCCUCUUGAAGAUUUGAGCAGCAACGACAUGGCAUGCAAUGUCGACGGUGAGACCGGUGUCUCCCGCGUUCAGUCCGUUUCAGAUGGUGCUACUCUUUCUUUCGAAAUCCGUUCCUGGCCAAAUGACCCUACCAAGGAGCGCCUGGAUCGUGGGCACAAGGGUCCCUGUGCGGUCUAUCUGAAGAAGGUCGAUUCCGCCGUGGAAGACCAGGGCACGUCCACCAUCCCUAUCCACUUACAUAUCCGCUACGGAGACGGAUGGUUUAAGCUGUUUGACAACGGCUACGAUGCCUCCUCAGACCAAUGGUGCAGCGACCGCGUCAUCGACAACAAUGGCCUCCUCUCCGUCGUCCUCCCGAAGGGCUUGCAAGGUGGCUACUACUUAGCCCGCCCCGAGCUCCUCGCUCUCCACGCCGCGAACGCAAACGACCCCCAGUUCUACACAGGCUGUGCGCAGAUCUUCGUCGAAUCUACCGGCAAUCUCGUCCCCGAAGAAACCGUCUCCAUCCCUGGUUACGUCAAGGCCGGUGAACCUUCUGUCAGCUUCGACAUCUAUAACACAGAUAACUCGGAGUACACCAUGCCUGGCCCCAAGGUUGCUACCCUUACGUCAGGCGCUGGUACUGCGAGCGAGGCUCAAACCCAACAAAACGAAGGGCUCCGCCCCGCCGGCUGCAUGGACGAGAACGCCAACUGGUGCGGUGUCGAAGUCCCCUCUUACUCCGACGAAGCAGGCUGCUGGGCCUCUGGCGAAAACUGCUGGAAGCAGCUUGACACAUGCUACGACACUGCGCCACCGACGGGAAGCAAGGGCUGCGAGAUCUGGCAGCGGAAGUGCCAGUCUAUCAACGACGCCUGCGAGGCCAGGAAUUUCAACGGCCCGCCGAAUAAGGGCAAGGACCUGACGCCGAAGGCGGAGACUGUUGACGUCGGGCUUAUCAUGCAGACGUCUGGUGGAGGAGUUGACAACUCCGCGCCCAAGACUUCCGCCGCUGCGGCCGCCAAAUCUAGCACCCCGGCUGCAUCCAAGCCCAAGAGCUCCGCUGCUGCUGCUACCUCCCCCGCCGCUGCACCGAAACCUUCCUCCGCCGUGCCAAAGCCUUCCUCCGCCGCUCCAGCAGUCCCGUCGUACGGGUGGUACGAGGAGGGCGCCGACGCCGCCGAGACACCCAAGCACACCACCAUCACCGUGCCAGCAUCCGAAGCCGCGCCCGCGCCUACGGCGGCCCCUUCUUGCCCCGAGGGUUGGCACUGCGUUACCAAGUACGCGACGGAAGUCGUUACGGAGAUCGUCUACGUGACCGUGGACCCUGAGAGCUAUGGGAGGAAGAGGAGUGGCUUGCAGCAUCGGAGGCAUGGGCACUCUUUCUAA